AUGCCAUAUUUGAACGAAGAUCAUGUGAAAGAGGACUGUACCCUUGAGCCCAUUGCAGUGGUAGGCAUGUCUUGCCGCCUGCCCGGGGGUGUUGACAGUUCAUCCUCCCUAUGGGACCUACUCGUUCAAAAAGAAUCAGUCCAAACGCCACGAGUCCCAGCAUCCCGAUUCAAUAUUGAUGCCUACUUGCACCCAAACCUUGAGCGCCCUGGGAGCUUCAAUGUUCCCGGAGGUUACUUCUUGGAUAAACCAAUUGAAAGCUUUGACCCAAGUUUCUUUAAUAUGACGCCUAUUGAAGCCAUGUGGUUGGAUCCUCAACAGCGCAAGAUUCUCGAAGUCGUCUAUGAGUGCUUCGAAUCGGCCGGCUUGACGUUGGAUCAAGUUUCGGGCAGUAACACUGCGGUCUUCGUCGGCAGUUUUACUAGUGAUUACCAGCAGAUGUCAAUCCGCGAGCCGGACUUUCGCCACAAUUAUGCUGCCACGGGUGUGGAUACAGGCCUCAUCAGUGCUCGCAUUGGAAAUGUUUUUAACCUGCAAGGACCAAGCUUUACAAUCAAUACCGCAUGUUCCUCGUCCAUUUAUGCCGUUCAUAACGCUUGCCACGCACUCCGUGGAAGAGACUGCAAUGCCGCUGUUGUGGGAGGAGUAAACUUGAUCAUGACAGUCGACCAGCACAUGAACACUGCAAAGCUGGGAAUUCUGUCGCCAACCUCGACUUGCCACACUUUUGAUGCCUCGGCCGAUGGUUAUGGUCGCGCGGAAGGUGCUGGUGCUCUCUACUUGAAGCGACUGUCCGAUGCCAUUCGUGACGGGGAUGUUAUUCGAGGCGUAAUUCGCUCCUCUGCUGUAAACACCAACGGCAAGGUACCUGGUAUGGGAAUCACUCACCCAAGCAAGCGCGGUCAAGAGCGUGUCGUGCGCUCUGCUUAUGAGAAGGCACGUCUAAACCCCGAUCGCACCGCAUAUUUCGAAUGCCACGGCACAGAUACACCAGUGGGAGAUCCUAUAGAGAGUCAUGCUGUCUCGAUGGCCAUGAACGAUACCCGCAGUCCGGAAAAACCACUUCUUAUUGGGGCCAUCAAAGCAAACAUUGGUCAUAGCGAGGCUGCCAGCGGUAUCUUUGCCGUGAUGAAGGCGGCUAUGAUGACGUGCUGUCAUUCCCGGUCCCAUGAGAAAACGACCCUAGCGCGGAACAUUGUCGCACACGCCCAGGUCGCUGAUCGCUACUAUUUGGCAGAUGUGGCUCACACACUACUUCAUCAUCGUACCAAGUUCACCCAACGCGCUUUCACAGUCGCCUCAGAGACCAAUCUAGCUGAUGCCUUUGAUGUCACUCAGUUCACCUAUGGAGUUGCUCCGAAGACAACACCCCCCGGCGUUGGAUUUCUAUUCACAGGGCAGGGUGCCCAAUGGGCGGGCAUGGGAGUUGACGCAAUCCAAACUUUCCCUUCGUUCCGACAGACCAUCAAAAGCCUGGAUAAGGUUCUUCAGACCCUCCAACCUACACCUACUUGGACAAUCGAGGAAGCUCUGCUGGCUCCCGUUGAGAUUAGCCGUGUAUCCGAGGCAGAAUUUUCGCAGCCCCUGUGCACUGCUGUGCAAAUAGCGAUAGUGAGCCUUUUUGCCGAGUGGAAUAUCACCCCGAAAGUGACCGUAGGUCAUUCCUCGGGCGAGAUUGCUGCAGCGUAUGCUGCCGGGCGUAUCUCUGCUCCUGUCGCCAUCAUUGCGGCCUACCUGCGUGGAUUGACUGUGGCCCAGCAUGCUUCUAAUGGUGGCAUGCUGGCCGUUGGUCUUGGACCAGAAGAGGUGCUUCCAUACCUUGAAGAAGGUAUUGUCAUAGCUUGUGAAAAUAGCCCUGCCAGUGUAACCCUCAGUGGCUCGCUGAAAUCAGUCCAGGCAGUCAAAUCCAGACUGGAUGCAGAUGGGGUUUUUACUCGGGAGCUGAAAACAGGCAAAGCCUAUCAUUCCCCUCAGAUGGACCCCGUUUCACGUAUCUAUGAUACAAUACUUGCAGAUUCCGUGAAAGGAGUUGAUACGGAGCCAGUCCUACCUCGGGUGGCCUGGGUCUCGUCUGUCACCGGCCAAGAAUUCACCGCAAAUUCGGUCCCGGGGUCCUACUGGAGCACCAACCUUCGUGAGCGUGUACGCUUCAACACGGCAGUUACCGCAAUUCCAAGUGUCCUCGAUGAGAAUGAGAGCAUCACAAUUAUUGAGAUUGGUCCUCAUGCUGCCCUGAGUGGGCCAUUCAAGCAGAUUCAAAAGGCCGUACAAGAAAUGGCACGGUUCAACUACCUGCCCACUUGGGUCAGGGGAAAUAACAGUGCUGUCCAACUUCUUCAGACUGCCGGGUCACUUUGGAUUCAGGACUAUCCCCUUGACCUUCACCGUGUCAACGCAAUGGAUGCCAGUCUAAAGGUUCGCCGCCCUCGAACACUAGUGGAUCUACCUCCCUACCAAUGGAAUUACGAUAACACCUUCUGGGCUGAACCUCGUCCAAGCCAAGAGAUCCGCAAGUUGACACAUCCUCGUCAUGACCUACUCGGUAGUCAGAUUGCCGGCCUUUCAGAUCGUUCUUGUGUGUGGCGCAAUAUCCUUCAGCACCGAGACAUUCCCUGGUUGGUGGACCAUAAGUUGGGAAAAGCCAAUGUAUUUCCCGCUGCUGGCUAUCUGUCUGUGGCAGCUGAAGCUUUGCGCCAAAUUUGCGAAAAUGAAGAGGUCUCUGUGCCCGGCAUUACCUAUCGUGAUGUCGCUAUCAAGGUCGCCCUGAUAGUUCCAGAUACCGAUGAUGGAACUGAGAUUCAAGUCCGCCUUUCAGCAAUUACAAAGGGCAAGAGCAUGGACAACUCCACAAGUGGGUGGUAUGAAUUUGCUGUUGAAUCCAUCCGCGACGGAGCAUGGGCUCUGCACUGCGAGGGGCGAAUCGCGACGAUAGCAAGCUCGGAGGUUACUCCAAGACGGCAUCAGCACCCCGUCCAGUCUUCCACAUCCAAACUUCCUCACCAAGUUCCGGGGAAACGCUGGUAUGAUGCCUUCCACCGUGUCGGCUUCGAAUAUGGCCCGAGUUCUCAGCAGUUGAGCAGUGUCCGAAGUAACGGUCAUGAUCGCCAUGCCGCCGCCCAGGUACAGAUCAACAUAGAGAGCGGACUAAUCAAUGGCGAAUCCAGAUACAUCCUGCAUCCGGCUACCAUCGACGGUUGCCUGCAACUCAUCAUCAUUUCCAUUAACAAGGGCUUGCAUCAAGAGAUGCCCCACGGUGUUGUGCCAAUUGAGAUUGAGGAGUUAACGCUCUGGUUCCCAGACGAAAAGGAGAUUGGAAAAACUGGUCAAGCUGUGGCAUGGACUGACCAGGUUCGCGGCCGAUACUUCGACACCAACACGAAGCUCUUUACUCCUUCGGGACAGUUGGUUCUUGAUGUCCAAAACCUCCGAUGUGUCUCUUAUGAGGCUGCAGUUCCGCAGGUAGAUGAGACCGUGGAGCGUGCUCCUUACAUGCAAACUGUCUGGAAGCCUCUGAUAUCCACGCUAGACACUGCUCAAGCGGUAGCUGCCUACCCGUCUGCGCAGUCAGAUGCCGACUCUGUGGCUGCAGUGGUAGAGCUAAUAGAGCAUCGCGCCUCCCUGGCUCAUCUUAUUGUUCUGGGUCGGCCUAGUAAGGAAGUCCUCGAGGCAGUAUGGUCACGUGUCAAUGUAUCUAUUGCUGUGACCAUAAUCGAUGAGUCAAUUGAGUAUCUGGACGACCUUUUGGUAGAGAAAUCUCUGCUUCAUGUCUCUAAGGUGAAAGUGGACUCACCUGACGAUUGGAGUAAGCUCGACCUCGCCCCCGCCGAUCUUGUGCUUGCGGGACUACACAGCGGUGUUGAGGCUGCCCAGCUAUUGGCUGCAGUGACUCCCUUACUAGCGCAAAGUGGCAGCCUGCUGGCCUUGGUGUCUCCUUCCUCUACCGUGGAUUUCGUUGAGCAGCUUGCGUCUAUCGGGUUGUCGGCCCCUCAACUGCUCUUCCCACUUCCUAGUAUAUCUGUGGUCUUCUCCCAGAAACUCGAGAGUCCUAAUGGAACACCGUCGCAAGCCUCUCGAGUUGUCACCUUCUAUCGAGAUGACAGCGACCAGCAUGUGCCCAUAUCGCUAGGGCAGCGAUUAGAAUCAAAGGCAGGGGUAAGGGUGCAGCAAUGGGCUCUAUCAGAGGUCACUGAGUUAACCCCUCAGCCUAACGAAGUAUUCCUCAUCCACGAUGCGGAUGGGAAACUGCUAUCAACUUUGACAGAACAGACUUGGGAUUCUCUGAAGCAAAUUAUGCAGUCUGGAGUUCCAACUAUCUGGUUGACCUCUGGCGUCAACGAAGGCCAAUGUGUUGAGGGAACAUCGUCUCAGGGCUUCCUUCGUGCCAUUCGGUCUGAGCAAGCAAACGCUAGAAUAGUUCUGCUUGAUGUGGAUAGGAAUGAAAGCCAAGGCAAGAUUGCCGAGACACUUGCUAGCCUAGUGGACAGGGUUCCGAUAAAAGAUUCGCAAGAAGAGACCGAGUUCUGGCUCCACAACUGCAUCCUUCACAUUCCACGGGUGAUACCUAAUGGCCACCUGAACGAUAUCUGGUCCGGUCCAAGGGGGGAAAAGAUUCAGCAUACGCCACUUCCUCGAAAUCAACUGCUUGUGGCUAAGCCGGUGGUAGGAGAACUUUUCUUCUACGCCACCGAGCUUGCUAAUCUUGCCGCGAAUGAACUUGAGCUUCAGGUCAGGAUGCACAGUUGUUUGAACAUGAUUUGAAAACUGUGUCAGUCGAGUCGCGGCUGGUUGCAGGUACUAUCAUCCGGGUUGGGGCUGAGGUUGAUAGCUCGCUGAUUGGAUCAACUGCCAUCGCAUAUACAUCCGGUCCACUCAGUACUCUUGUGAAGACUACGUUGACCGCUGUUGGCAUUUACCAAAAGAAAGAUUCCAACCUCAAUAUUGAAAAUGCCGUUACUAUUCUCCCCGGUUUUGUGUCCGCUAUCAAUGCUAUUCUUGGAGCUGCCCAGGUCUUAGGCAAGACACACCAUCUAAUUCUUCUUCCGGCAUCUUACUCAUUUGUUCAAGCGGCCGUUCGCUUGCAGAGGGCUCUCGGAUUUCAACUCACCAUCUUCAGUGCUGAUGAAGAGCAACGGGAAUUAAUUUCCUCCUCGCCUGGACUUGGCACCGAAACCCAUCUCGAUGUUGCUGAUGUUGACCGUGUACGCGGGAUUUUGCAAACUUCCUCCAAUCCAGCCGCACACGUCUCUAUUGUCAGCUAUGAAUGGGACACCCUUAGCAGGGACGCAUGGAGAUCUAUCCCAGCUCUGGGCCGAUUUGUGUUAAACGGCACUGUUUUGGACGAAGCACCUGAUGCCGUUCCCUUCCAACGAGGUGCCUCUUUCCAGUCUAUAAGUAUUGAGAGCCUUUACAAGAGUGAAGGUCCAAUCUUGGGAUCUCUGAUAAAACGUGCUCUCCAAUUGUUGGAAGAAAGCAAUGACCUCCUGUUUAAAGGGGCAGUGCAGCACAAGAUUACGUCGCUUGGUGGAAGCAUUGUCGAUGCUGCGAACUGGUCAAGUGGAUCUAAUGUUCUGCAAUUCAACUACGACGAUCUCCCAGUUCAGAUUCAUCCUGCUGCAAGAAAGCUUCAACUCUCACCUGACGUGGCCUACCUCUUGGUCGGCUGUCUUGGUGGCCUUGGCCGAAGUCUCACGACAUGGAUGAUGGAACGGGGAGCAAGGGAUUUUGUUUUUCUGUCUCGGUCGGGUGAUGAUAAGGCUGAAGCAAAAUCAGUACGUUUCCAUGAUGAGACAUUCACGAGCGUCUUGUUCAUAACGCUAACAUAUAG